GGUUCGAGCAUUUGAUUUGUUCGCUGUCCGAUCGGUCCAUUUUAUUCUAAAUGCCCAUGCCUCGUUAAUGCUAAAGAAGAACGGUUUGAGUUUUCAUCAUCCAAACCAUCUAAACUUUGCUGUCUUGCGCUAUAUAACCGCAGCUACGUGCGCUUCACAGCAGGAAAUCCAGUUAUACAAAAACAUCGGGUCUGCAGAAAGGAUGGCCACUUUAUUAUAAAACGACAUUGAUCUUUAUCAUGAUUGGCAUCGUGACCCAUUCACUGCGAGCAUUUGUUUUUUGUUUUUAUGGGAAUCUGUGAAGUUUAUAUUAUUAUAUGCGUGCAUGUACAUAAUACAGAUUGUAUAGAUUAGUACUACUGAGUAUAGUCAGAAUAAAAUGUGGCCACAUCCGGUAAACUGGCUUCUGCUGUGCACACUCGCUAUUACGACUCUCCUUUCCAAUGCACAAGUUGGGCGAGUUGGGAAAUGCCCUGACAUGAAAGGAGUCCCCGAUUUCGAUUUUGAUAGGUAUGCGAAUGGAACAUGGUAUGAAAUUGCCAAGUUUUUUACCAUCAUGGAAACAAAGUGCGUCUCGAUGGAGUUUAUAAGACAUAAUCAGACGACGUUGGUCAUAAGUAAUGCGCUGGAAAAGAUGGUGCUGCCUCCACCAAUUUCAUCCAGUGUGCCGGCACAAAUUGUUCACCGCAAAGGUCCAGGAUCCGUAUACAAACAUGCUCACAUGAAAAAACCGUUGAUGGAAAAUUCGAAAGUAUUUCGACAAAGACGACAAAGUGCAGUUAACCAAGCCGAACCCAUUUACACGCCCAUUAAAAUUGUGGGAUUUCUAGCCGAAAAAGUACCGCCGGCUACUUUAAGGUUCAACUAUACGGAAGGGACAAGUAUGUCAGAAUAUCGGGUACUGGACACCGACUACAAAACUUUUGCUGUGAUAUGGUCAUGCAAUGAGAUGUUUAAUGGAGUUUUCCACAACCAGUUCGUGUCGAUUUUAAGCCGCUCCAGAAAGGCCGAUCCCAAUAUGGUGCAAAGCAUUGUGACAAAGCUCACCCAAGCCGGAAUUGAAACCGCUCAUAUAGUAGCUGCUGACCAAAUAAGAUGCGACAGUUGAUAUAACCGGCUACUGCUACGAGUACCAAGAAAGAUUAACAAAUUGAGGCACGAUUAUUUGCAUAAUUGUAAGCAAAUGCCGAAAAAAAUCAUGAAUCUUUGUAAAUCUGCUAUAAUACAGGGUCUGUGUGUUCUUGUGAUAACUGCGUUGAUUGUACUGAUAAUGGUACUGAUAAUUGCUUAAAAGCUAUUCUUUACCUUACAAAAAUAAAAUUUAUAUCGAUCAAAAGUAUAUUGGUAUUAAACACUGAUGGUUCAAUCUGGCUUGAUUGAUGAUAGUUUAGGCAAGGUAUAUAGGGUUACCUGGUAGCGCGACUGAACGUC